GUGGCCGACGAAACCAGUCCGACAGCGGUCGACGGCGGGAGUGCCGUCUCGUAAUAAUAAUAUUACUAUCAGUCUGCAAGUAAUAAUAUUAUUAUCGCAGCCUAUCACCCAUUAUAAUAACCACGGCGGUCGUGUUGUAAUUCCAUUUGCAUCCAAACGUCCGAGCGCCGCACACAUUCGCAAACACUCAGCACACGCCGUACCGGUUGGUCGAUCAGCGUGCAGAACAAUAUCGCUGUACAUCGAUUCUUGCGUAAAACCGUUUGAUCCCGUCGUCGGUCUAACUGCGUAGCGAUCGGUAUAUAUAUGGUUUUACGCGGUACAUCGAUAUAACAAUACAAUAUAUAAUACGUGUGUCGUAUAUAUAAAUCGGAUUUUUUUUUUAUCGUCCGACCGUCGUUCAUCGUACAUAACCACACCGGGAAAAGAAAAACCCAGACCGUAUCGAUCAUGGAAGUGGACAAAUACGGACCGGUCGUGAAAAUGGGCGCCGGGUACGAAUUGAGGUUCGAGGACGACAGCGAUUUCGAAGAGUCGUACCAGCACCGCGCCAAGAACGAGCUGGGCGAGACGCCGGAGCGCAGGGCCGAAGCUCUCGAGCAACUACGACGGCUAAUCAGAGAAGAGAAAAAACUUUACCUUCCUACUGACGAAUCUACAGAACUGUAUUUGUUGGCUUUCUUGAGGGUUUGCAAAUUCUAUCCAGAGAGUGCAUUCAAAAGAGUGAAAUGUUUGUACAAAUUACGACAAAAAAAUCCAAAGUAUUGCAAUGAUCUACUACCGACCUUAGAAAAAAACGUUUUUGAGCAAAAUAUUCUUACAGUCUUACCAUCACGUGAUCAACACGGAAGACGGAUAUUAAUCACAGAAUGUGGACAGAGGUGGAAAGUUAAAGAUUGCUCACUGACAGAGAUAUUUCGUGGCGUUGAGCUGGUGAUAGAAGCGGCUAUUCUCGAGCCUAGAACUCAAGUGUCAGGCACUGUGCUGUUAGUAGACUUUGCUGGUCUAACUAUUAACCAUGUUUGGCAAUUCACACCGAACUUCGCUAAAAUGGUUUUGGACUGGAUACAGUAUUCAAUGCCAGCAAGACUUAAAGAAGUGCAUAUCAUAAAUCAACCGUACAUAUUCAACAUGGUGUUUGCCGUAUUUAAACCAUUUAUGCAAGAAAAAUUGAGAAAUAGAAUGCUUUUGCAUGGUUAUGACCAUACAUCAUUAUUAGCACAUCUGGAUGCCAAAUGCUUACCAACUAAAUACGGUGGUCUCAUGGACAUAGAAACCGACCAAGGCAUAGAGUUAUGGAAUUUAUUGUGUUAUUACGAAGACAACUAUAAAGUGACAAAUGAAUUUGGUUACAAAAAGAAGAAAUAAUCUACAAUAUAUUAUGAAACUCAGUAGACUACACUCGUGUUUUAUUUGUUAUUUAAUACUACGUACAAUAUAAAUGUAGAUUAUUAUGUAGAUUUUAAUUAUUUUUUAUUGGGUUAUUGACCAAAAAUAAAAAUGUUUCAAUGUA